UGUAGGAAAACACAUAGCAGGUGAUAUGCUUCCCCUGUGAGAGCCCCUCCAAAACCCCUGCAAAACCUACCAGAGUUGCUCGCUGGCAAUCCUCAAACAAUGCCACUACCAAAAUGGUGGUCUUCAGGUCCCUCAAAGCCCUAAUCAAAGACCCCAAAAGAUCCAAAACUUUCCUCACCCUCACCACCAUCACCGGCAACACAACCUCCACAAUCCCACUUCCGUACUUCCCUCUCUCUCACCAUCUCGCUCGCCCUCUCUUUCGCCUCCCCUGUUCCACCAAAUGGAUCUUCAGCCCCUCCUUCCACGGCCCUCUCUUCCUCUCUUUCCCUCCAUGGAAGCUUUCCCAGUCCGCCACGCCCCUAUACCUCCAGGGCAAGGCCCCCGCCGUCGUUUUGCGCAGGGCUUUGCCCAUCACUUUGGGCCAGGCCGUCUUGGAUCGGGUCGAGAGGCCCAAGGAGCCCGCUGACGCAGCCUUUCUGGAGAGCUUCGUGAACUUGCCGAACUUGAUCUCCAUGACCCGAUUGCUCUCAGGUCCUGUGCUUGGAUGGAUGAUCACAAAUGAGUGGUAUUCUUCGGCAAUGGUGGGAUUGGCUAUCUCUGGGGCAACUGAUUGGCUAGAUGGAUACGUGGCAAGGAAGAUGAGAAUAAAUUCUGUUGUGGGUUCCUACCUUGAUCCCCUUGCUGACAAGGUUCUUAUUGGAUGUGUUGCUUUGGCAAUGGUACAUAAAGAUCUUCUGCACCCUGGACUUGUUGGACUCGUUGUGUUGCGAGAUGUCUUCCUUGUUGGUGGUGCAGUAUAUCAAAGAGGUAGUAGCUUGGGUUGGGAGUGGAAAAGUGGGUUUGAUUUCUUCAACCUUGAUGGUACCUGUCCCCAAAAGGUUGAGCCUCUCUUUCUUAGCAAGGUUAAUACGGUUCUCCAGUUGGUUUUAGUAGCUGCAGCUCUUCUUCAACCAGAGUUUGGAACCCAAGAAACUCAGUCAUACAUCACAUAUUUAAGUUGGUUAGUGGCUUCAACAACAGUGGCUUCCACUGCAGCAUAUGGAGUAGAACACAUAAGGAAGAGAUCUGCCUUGAUCAGUAGGAAACCUUAGUUUGAAUCUUACCUUUCAGGUAGCUGGUAAAAUACAUCAACUUCAUCAGCUCUGAGUUAUUUAGUGGGCGUCAAUGUUAAAAGAUUGAAGAACAAAUGCUGGUAUUGAGGUUGUGGUAUCCAUAGACAGAAGACACGGAAGGUGUUAGACCUUUUUAAGGUCAUCUUUCACAAGUUCCAUCUGUCAGAGACUGAGUUGUGGCCUUUUAACUCCUGGAAUUGCUUGGCAAGUAUGCUAAAAGUUGGAAAAACUUGGUUAAGCUGUGAAGAUUCAUAACAGAAGCUCUUCUUUUUUUUUUUUUGGUCCGUUCCUUUUUUUCUCUUUUCAUUUUUCCUUCUUUUAAAGGGAAAGAACGGGAGGGUCUUUGAGAGUGAACUUGUUAUUGUGAAUAAAGAAAUAUGUCCUUGUAAUUUAUAUA